UUUGUGAAGGGUUUUUUCGAGAUAAGGGCUCCAGAACUAUUUGCUGGGGCUGGCUUCGAACUGUGAUGCUCCUGAUCUCUGCCUCCUGAGCGGCUCUUUAUCUUAAAGGCACGGAGGGCUGCGAUGCCGGACCACAGGAUCUGCUCUGGGGGCUACAUCGGGGGCUCCCAAGUGGGGGCUGUCUGCCCUCAGCGCAGGCUGGGCGAUGUCUGGGGACAUUUGUGGCUGUCACAACUAGGGAUGCUCCUCGCAUGGAGUGGGUGGAGGCCAGGGACGCUUGAAUGAACUUGGGUGACUUGGUGGCCUCCAGGAGCAUCAGAACCUUCAUCCAUAAAACAGAGCCCUGGCUCAGUCUGAUGUUCACUGACCACUCACCACCAGGGAGAAGAGCAGGUCUCUAGCCAAGGAUUUUGGGAUUUGGGCACCACCAAGUCUGGUCUUCAUCGCAGCCUUUCUUCUCCCGCAGCUCUGCCCUCCCAGGAACCUGAUUUUUAACAAGAGGACAGAAUGGCUGCUGGGUACCUGCCUCCCUGGUCCCAGGAACUGGUGACCCUCAAGGACAUGGCUGUGGACUUCUCCCCAGAGGAGUGGGAGCUGCUGGGCCCUGCUCAGAGGCUCCUGUACAGAGAGGUGAUGCUGGAGACCUACCACAACGUGGGCUGCCUGGAAGCCUUGAAGACUCUCAGCAGUGAGCCCGGCAGGGGUCCACUUCACCUAGCACAGACCCAGCAAGUCAGCCUCUCCCUGUGGACAGAGCGUUCGCGUCCUCCAGCAGUGGCGUCUUUCCACUUGGUGCAAGCAGCCAUGUGCACAGAGGGAAAAUCUGUUUCCCAAGCUGGCUGUGCAGAUCCGGAUACUGGAGUGCAAAGGCAGGGGUGCACCUCCAAGCAGGUGUGCGUGGGCACAGAGCCAUCGGGGGUGAGCAGCCUCGGGCUCCCCAGAAGAGACCAGGGAAGAGGCCAGUCUGAGAAGAACCACAAAGACCCCCAGGGCCCCUUGAGGCAAAUGGUGCACGUCCAAAUCCAGGCCAGUGCUCAGGAAAGAGCUUGGCCUACAUUUGGGGAAAACGGGUGUCUGAGCUCCGACCUUGUUUUGUCCCGGGAAAACUCUAUUGGAAAAGCCUUAGGUGACUGCGACCAGGGUGUUGUGGGGUUGGCAUCUGAGUCCAGCCCCAGCCGCCCCCACGUGGGCUGUGCAGAUCCCAGAGUAUGGGACAGGAGCAGCUGUGCAAAGGCCCUGGGCCUCGACAACGCUCAGCUUUCUGAGCGGAAAAGAACCCCGAUAGGGGGACACCCGCAUCGCCGGGAAGCCCUGGGUCACGGGCUGGCUCUCGCCACGCACAACAAACUCAGCGUGGUGGACAAGCCCCACGCGUGUCCCCAGUGCGGAAAGCUGUUCAACCAGUGGCAUUCGCUCCAUGAGCACCGCAGGAUCCACACCGGGGAGAAGCCGUUUGCGUGCGGGCAGUGCGGCCGCGCCUUCACGCACAGCUCCACGCUCACCCGCCACCUGCGGACGCACACCGGGGAGAGGCCGCACGCGUGCGGGGCCUGCGGCAAGGCCUUCAACCGCAUCUCCUCGCUGACCCGGCACCACAGGACGCACACCGGGGAGAAGCCAUACGCGUGCGGGGCCUGCGGGAAGACCUUCAGCGACCGCUCCUCGCUCAACCAGCACGAGCGCACGCACACCGGCCAGAACCCUUACGCGUGCGGCCGCUGCGGGAGAGCCUUCAGCCAGCGCUCCUCGCUCGUGCGGCACCAGAGGAUGCACACCGGGGAGAAGCCCUACCGCUGCAGCCAGUGCGGGAAGGCCUUCAGCCAGAGCUCCUCCCUCGGCACGCACCAGAAAACCCACGCCAGCCCAGGGCCUGUAAGAUCAUCGCCUGUGGGACAGCCUUCUGCCCCAGCGGCCACCUCCUGGGGUGUCAGCGCUGGCCAGGAAAACAAGCCCGCGCGUGUUACCUCCUGUACGCUCCGAGGGCGAGGACGGAAAAGGGGCCUUUGGAUGAGCGAAAUUGCCAUCUGAUCAUACACCCGGCGUGCGAAUGGCACUUUUGGAAAAGAUCAGUCAGUGCACCUAGUGUACGCCUGUAAUCCCAGCACUUAGUAGGCAAGCACUUAGGAGGAUGGCGAGUUCCAGGCCAGCCUAGGCUACUUAGUGAGCCCGUCUCAAAAAACAAAGAAAAGAUUGGUCAGUGGGCAUGCGACCACAGAGUGGGAUCUUGCCAAGAAUCAUCACAGGUCACUUCAGCUGCUGAAAAAAGGAUUCUGCUUAGAACUUGCAACUUGCAACUUGGUUAGGGUUUUUGUUUCAAUAUUGUUUCAUUGUUUUCCUGAAUCAUUCCACCUAUCAGUCAAUUAACUUUGGCUCACGCUCUGCUGUGGUGAUGUAGUAUGUGCUAAGACACAAAGACUUGUAGUUUUGGAUUUUUUUGGCGGUACUGAUGUUUGAACUCAGGGCCUCACGCUUGCUAGGCAGGCAGCUGAGCCACUCCUCCCGCUCUGGAAACUGUCCCCUUUAGAUAUCAAGGGGUGACUAUAGCAUGUGUAAUGCAGUGGAACAAUAAGAAACGAGCUUAUGUGAUUCCUGGGGUUACCUGACUGUGACUUUUAUGUCUUUCUGGGAGUGAGGCUCAAGCAGUACAGCAUCUGCCUAACAAAAGCAAAGCCUUAAGUUCAAAGCCUAGUGCCAUCAAAAAUUGAAAAAACAGCU